ACAAUUGUUGUCAGAAUGUCAGAAACUGAAGAGGUGCAAGUUUCGCCACAUAUCACCCUGAAGGUGCAAUCGGUGGGUCGGGGAGUGGUGCCAUUUCGCAUUAGGCGCACAAUGCCGCUGGUCAAGCUGAGGGAUGCGUAUUGCUCCCAGAUGGGCUUGUGCAAGGAGUUGACGUUUAUGUCAUUCGAUGGAGAUAAGAUCGAUGAUACGGAGACUGCCGAUUCGUUAUUACUCGAGCAGGACGACAUGUUGGAAGUGUUUGUGAAGCAUCAAGUCGAGGCUGGAGACGGAGUAACCCUGGGCAACAAUACACUGUCCGCCUAAAGAGAUCAUUUUUAAUUUGUUUGCUGCAGUGUAAGAUUACAAUUCGAGUUUCCACUUGGUGUAUGUCAAUGAA